CACUACAGAGCGCAGCAGUACGCCAGUCCACGGCACAGGCUUUCUGACGGACCGUGCGGAGAAGCGUAGACCACACUGCCUCGACACUUGUCUCAAGCCACGUCUCCACUCCGUAACGCCUCGGAGGCUCUGUCCGCCUCGAUGUGGUGAUGCGACGAGCGCCAGGAGGGCAAAGUGUGAGGGGCCCUAGCCUCCCGUGCUCCAGCACUCCGAGCCACGCAGCCAAUGGCAUGUGCUUCUUCGUCUCCCCUGACCAUUCCGGGCCUUCCCCUCUCCGCCACCCUCCGCCCUUCUACCCGCCACCUGCGAACCCGCACCGGGCAGUCGUCCUUGCACAGGGCCCUGCCGGGAUGGUGCGCGGCAUUCCACCGCCGUACCCGCAGCCUUUCCCUCCUGGCCUGCCUCCACCAUUUGUGGCCUGCCUGCCUGGAUUUGGGCGCUCAGUGAGCCGUGACGUCUUCACAAGGGCCCACAAGUUGUCGCAUGGGUGAGGCAGGAAGAAGACUAGCAUCGGGUGUGAUGAAGCAAUGGCAGGGUUGUAACUUCAGGGCUGCGCGUGAGGACCCUUCGUUGCCCAGCGUGCCUCGCGGCGGCAGCAAGGAGGACAUAUCAGCGUUCCACCCGGGGAAGGGCAAGAAGGAACGGAAGAACAAGGCAGUGGCAAAGAAGAAGACCACCAGGAAGAAAGGUCAGAGAGACCCAGUGUGCGAGACCACACGAAAAGAGAUAAUAUCUAUUCUUUGCCUGUCUCGUUUCGAUUUCUGUCUAUCUGGCAGUGCUCCCCGAUGCAGAGCCACAUGCUCGUCGCGCAGGAGCACAGCAUCGAGAACCAACGCCUCAAACAAGGGACAGACGUCCUCCUCAGCCCAAGAGACCCGCCGAGACACCUGCAGUGGCUCCUGCAGCGCCCCGACCCCGGCACAAGUCCCCGCCGCCCGUCGUGAGCAAGGCGCCACCAAUUGUCACUCCUCUGAGGGACGUCAGGCCUCCCCGACCGGUGACAGUUGAGCCGGCAGGGCCAAAUGUACCUCUUCCGCCCAGGCCGAGCAUCCCUCCACCUGCCGUAUGCCCGGCUCCCAUGUUUCUGCCAACAGACAGAGACGUUCGGCGGCCUGCUCGUGAAGCCAACCAAGUAGCGUCGUCGCUGAUGGCCCACCUGUCGACCCGUGACACCUUCUCGGAUGUGUUGUCUCCCCGUGACGCCAUUGGAGUGCAGAACCACCCUAUGCCCAAGCCACAGCUCUUCUUUCCCUCGCACACGUGUAUUGGGGCACCGGCUGGCUAUUCUGACUCUCCUGUGCGGCGGACGUGGGAGGACAGCCGAGGAGACGCGGGCAGACUGGUGCUAUCGUCACCACACGGAGAGCUGGAAGGCGGGCCUUCCAGGUUUGCGGCUGUUGCUGAUCAGGAGCUGCUGGAUUCCCCCACGGCCCCGUCGGACAUUUCCUUCAAGACAUAUGUGCUGCGGUUCCCUGACCCCAAGCCAGACUCAGACAAGAAGGAUGAUGCUGACACCAAAGAGGGCAAGAUGCGUCAGUAUGCCCAGGCGGCCAUGACACCACAGUCCUUUUCAGCGCUGUCGCUCACCACACCGCCGUGUCUCACGCCCGGCACGCUCCAACGGGAAGAGCGAGUCGCACUGGGGGGGAGAGAAGGAGCUAGAGCGGGUGCGGGUGCCAAGGCGUCCAUCAGUCGAGAAGACCCAGCACAUUCCCAGGCCAAGCAGGCGGCGGCUCAUCGGCAAAGCAUGGACUCGCCACAGGGAGGCAAGAAGCCCGCAGUGAUCCCUCCCACUGCUGCAGCGGGUAGAGACCGCACAGCGAGCCGCAGCCACAGCAGGGACGCCAGUAGGGGAAGGAGCCGUGAAGAUCCCAGCGUCAAGGUUCGUGCCAAGUCACAGGAGCCGCCCCAGCAGAGACGGCACACACUCGAUGCCAACCAGGCCUGGCGAGCAAUGCUGCGAUCGGACGGGGCAAACGCCACUCCUGUCAAGACAGACACCAUCAAUCGUCGCAGCAGCACGUCGCCCGUUGGCCCUCGAUCGGGCGCCAGGAGCCGUAGCAAUUCGGCAUCGAAACGACCUUCUCAUGUGGCCCGCCCUGGUGUCUAUACCGUCGUGCCACAGCUGAGGAGGAAGAAAGCUCCCAAGGGAGGAGGAAGGAGUGCAGCGAAUCGCCGUGCGUCGGUCGAUGAAGGCGAACAGCCGAUCCCGCACGGCGCCGCCUAUGAGAGCGACGCUGAGACAUGUGGGCAGAAGAGUGAGGAGAUCGCGCCGCCUCCUGGGGAAGAAGGAUCCAUCAACCCCCUGCAGGUCGGUAGCAGCAAGACAAGGAGACACAUCCACCUGCAAGUUAUUGUCUGGCUCUCUUUCGUGUUGCAGCACUCACCGGGGCUUCGCAGCACGAGUCCCUCGCGCCCUUUGCCAGGCCCAUCAGGCCCCUCAGCGCCGCCCCGGGACAGGCCUCCUCUCCCCCAGCCGUCCCCAUACUCGCCUGACAGCAGUAUCAGCAGCUACAGCAGGGCCAGGCCAACCGACGCAAUGACGGUGACACUCGCGGCAUCGAAGCUGGAUUCCCAGACAAAUGCGCCACGGAGGGGCCGGGGACCAGUAGUGCCGCCCCUGCCACUGGAGACCCUCAACAGCAAGGGUGGCGAUCCCGAGGCAAAGCCGACUCUGCAGCCCAUCAAGAAACAAGAGGCCUCACAACAGGCGAAGCGACCGCCGCCUGCCCACAAUCGCCCCUAUCUGCUCAAGAUGACCACAGAAGAGCUGCGGGAGCGCGUACGGCUGGCCACUGAGCUCGGCGAGACCCUCGACUACAAGAGCAAACCUCUGGAAAGGCUGGCCAACAGCAGCCUCCGAUCCAGCCCACAGCUCCCAUCUUCUCCGGCCAACCACCCUUCGAAGCGACCCCCCGUCAUGGGCGUUAUGCGUCAGGAGAGCCCGGCUCCGCUCAAGAAGACGGCAUUUCUGUGCGGCAGGGCGCCCGCCUCGUCCCUCAAUCGGACAGAGCGGAGCCUGACGCCCACACCGAAGAAAAGGGACGGCCGCUCGUCGCGCCGAAGCAUGCGCGAGGAGGCGGGCAGCGCCCGGCAUCAGGAGGCUGGAGACAAAGGCGGUGUUCGAAGCAGCAGUGUCAAGGAGAUGGCAGGAGAGCCGAAAGUCCUUGACCAGGGCACUCGGACAAGUCUUGUAAAGAAGCCGCCACCCCUGCCGCCAUCGGCAAAGCGUGCUGCUGCGCAGCUUGCUACAGAUGGUGCAAAUCAGGGACCUUCUCGAGACACAGACCUACGACAAGAUCGUGGGGGAAAUGAAGGCGUCUCUGGGCCACCGUCAGUUGGGGGAGGUGAGCAGCCGACCGUUCCUGUGCCUAUCUAUUGCCUCAACAAGGCCGCCCCCCGGUCUUACGCAGACAGCCAGUGUGAGGAGAAUCUACGCGCCCGGGACUCCCGCAAUCCCUAUGGGCUGCCUGCUUCUCCCACGGCCUUCUCGCUGACCAGCUCCCCACUGGCAGAGAUGAGACAGAUCCCGCAGGCGUCGCCGCUACUCAUGGCACCCACAGACGACACGUCUGGCGACGGUCAAACGGAGGCCGGCCCUUCCGCAGAGUGUCUCCACCAGCAGCAGCAGCAGCACUAUGCCGCGGCAGCCGAGCAGAUGACGGACGAUGGCCCAUUGCAGGGCUGCUAUGCUGGCAGCAACGUGGACACAAGCUUUGCUAGCAUCCCCUCGCCGUAUGAUGGCUCUGCUAUUUCCGCCCAUGGGGGAGGGGCAGAAAUGUUCCGCCCGUCAGGUCUGCUUGGCCAGCCUCUGGUGACCGUGCACGAGUCAGAAGAGGCAGAAGACGGAGCGCAUGACAUCCCCAGGGACAACACCGAGACGCCGGAGAGGAGUCUGCGUCAGGGGGAGCAACUUGAGGGCGAGCAGGCAGAGGAGAUGCUGCCCCUUUCAGUGAGCCCUGACUUGUCCAGCUGCAGCAGUGGCAGCCCGGCGUUGCAGAGAGACAGCGGUGUAGUGUCUGUCAAUCGCCUGAGGUACGAAAGACUGCGCAGCGCAUUCUUGUCUCGACAGGCACAAUGCUGCAGCACCGACGGGGAAUGAAUGUUGAGACAGACAAGACGGGAAGGGAAGACGGAUUCUCUGUGUGUGUGGGUGGGUGGGUGGAUGUGCACCGAGACCCAGACACCGAGAAUGCUUCCCAUACUUACCGACACCUUCACA